CCGGCCCGGCCCCAGCCAGAGCCUCCCGCUCAAGCCCCCGGGCCCUCCGGUGCCGCCGGUCACUCAGCCCUGGCCCCUGCCCAGCUCGGGGGGCCGCGCCGCUCGCUCUCAGGGGAGUGGGUAACGUAGCCGGGCCGCCGGCCGCCGCCUCCCGCAGAGCGUGGCCUCCCAGCCCGGACAGGGGCCUGCGCCCUCGCCCGCCCUCGCCGCGCCGCCGGGGCGCCUCUUCACGCGGCCGGGCCGCCGGGCGUUCGGGCAGGGGCGGCCCCGACGGACCCCGGGACCCGCGGCCGCCCGGCGCCUCCGCCAGCCCCGCCCCCCACUCGCGGGCUUUGGCCGAUACUUCGUUCAGCCCGUGGAAGUGUGAGUUCCUUGAAAUCUCUGCGCUGUGUUCCUCGCUCGCUCAGCCUUGGAGCUCUUUGUCCGCAGUUUCCCCCUCGCGCUGUAUCGUUUCCUUGCCAGCCUGUGCGAACAGGAAGACCCUCACCCUGGAUCCGGCUGCUGAUUUCUCAUGACCUGACUGUGGCCAUGUUCCUGGGAGGAAGACCUCUGAAAUGACCCUGUGUCCUUCUCAGGCACGGGGAGGCACGUGUGGUCUACCUGUCCCAUCAUGGGGGAUGUGAACCCUGAUGACCUGGUCAGGAUGGUAUCUGCCAAUUUUCUCUACAAGGUUUUUUGAAAUAUAUUCUUUCCUUAAAAAGAGACCAAAACAUGUCAAAAAAUACUGCCCUGGAAACCUCAUAAAGACUACAGUGUGAAGAACCCUCCACUCAGAACAUAUAGUUGAUCUUCAUACAUCUUAGGAACGUUUGAUAAAGGACAGCAGGUUGUUUACUAUGUCUCUGGCUGGUCCAGCAGAAACAGACAUAGACGGGCGCCUCCCCGGUGCGGCAUUAGGACUCAGUAGGAUGGCCGCUGAGUGCGGGGGCCGCCUGGGCACAAGUGACUGUCCCAGUGGCAGUCCCGGGCACACCUCCGAUAGGAGUGUUGACUAUAGUAGAUCCCAGUGUUCCUGCAGAAGUUUAAGUUCUCGCUGUGAUUACUCAGAAGACUUUCUCUCUGAACGUUCAGAAACCGCUCUUAAUAGAAAUUAUUUAGAGAAGCCUGUGAUAAAAGAAAAAAAGGACGAGAAGAAAAAGUACAUUUCUAAAAUCUCCCAAUCUAAAGGCCAGAAGGAAAUCUCAGUUGAAAAAAAGCACAACUGGAAUGCACCACUUUUAAAUGCCCAAAACAAUAUGAUUACCCAAAGAAGAGACGCCAUGACUCAUCGCAUACUCUCAGCAAGGCUUCAUAAGAUUAAAGAGCUAAAAAAUGAACUAGGGGAUAUCCAUCGUAAAUUGGAAGCCAUGGUCAUAGAAAACCAAUUUUUGAAACAGCUGCAGCUUAGGCACUUGAAAGCUAUAGGGAAAUAUGAGAAUUCACAAAAUAAUCUACCUCAAAUUAUGGCAAAACAUCAGAACGAAGUCAAAAAUUUGAGGCAGCUACUUAGGAAAUCCCAGGAAAAGGAAAGAAGUGCAUCUAGGAAACUUCGAGAAGCUGACAGUGAGCUGCUGAAGACUAAAGAUGCCUUGCAGGCACUGCAGAAACUUUCUGAAGACAAAAACCUUGCAGAGAGGGAGGAACUUACUCAAAGAUUGUCUGUUCUUACAACAAAAACGGAGGCAAAUGACAAAAAAAUACAGAGCUUGGAGAAACAACUGAGGUUGAACAAUAGAGCCUUUAAUCGGCAGCUGGCCAUUGAGACCCGGAAGACCUUAGCAGCUCAAGCAGCUACAAAGACUCUGCAAAUGGAAAUAAAACGCCUUCAGCAAAAACUUAAGGAGAAGGAUCGAGAGCUUGAAAUUAGAAACAUCUAUACUAGUCGGAUAUUUAAAAAUUUACAUGACAAAGAAGAUUAUCUAAAAGUUUCUUCAACAAAAUCUGUACAAGCAGACAGAAGUUUUUCACUGACAAGUAUGAAACACCAGGAAACCCAAAAAUCGGAAGAUGCUCCAUCUUUGACAGCUAAGGGUAAAAGGACAACUGGAAACAUUGGUCAUAAAGAAAAAUCAACUGAAAUAACCUGUGCAAUUCCUCACUAUAUCAGCAAACUUCCAAACCAAGAGGAUUCCAAGAGAAAAUACGAAGAUUUAUCGAAGGAAGAGGAACAUUUGGAAGUACAAUCACCUCUGGCGAAUAUUGGAAGACAGAGAGAAACAAAAGAAGAUCAAGAAAAGAAAACCACUUUGGUGAAAGAAGAAGAACUACCACCAAAAAGAAUUCAAGUAACUCAUCCUGAAAGGGAAGGCAAGCAGGAAGACAAUGCAGGGAAAGAAAAGUUCAAAACAAGUCUCCAAAUAAAUGACGUGGACGAGAUGCCUGAUAAAAAUGCUGCUGCGAAUAUCAAGAUACCCUUCAGACAGAGAAAGCAUUACUCGUUCACAGAAGCGACGGAGAACCUGCACCACGGGCUUCCUGCCUCGGGCGGCCCGGUCGGGGCAGGUGUGAUGAGAGGCGGCGUGGGCACCAGCAAGCCUCGCGGUAACGCGGACGGACUGAAGCCAGAACAUUCUGUGAGUGGGUAUGAACCCUCUUUCGGCAAGUCUUCCCGAACAAAAGCAAAAGAUACUUUCAGAGAUAAGAAAAGAAGUCUAAUGGAAGAACUCUUUGGGUCGGGCUAUGUCUUUAAACACGACCAGACCAGCACGGCUGCUCCUAAACACGCUGACGAGACUCUGGAAAGUAAGAAGAUGCACCAUCUACCUCCUAGUCAGGCCUCCGCCAGCAACGCUUUUGGAGAUUCUAAAGUAACUGUGGUAAAUUCUAUUCAGUCAUCUUCACCUACAGAAGGCAAAAGAAAAAUAAUUAUUUAAAUAUAAUCAAUAUCCUAAUACAUUCUGAUAUGAUAUUCUCGUUCUUAUGUGCCUUUAAUCUUAUAAUGUUAGUGUUGUGUGUCUGUGUGUUUCAGUACUUAAACUGACUUUGGAUAAUUAAGGUUUUUAUAACCUAAUUUUGAAAAUCCAUUUUGUAUUAGCCAAUCACAUUUCAAAUAUAAAAUUAUAUCUUUUCUUCCUACAACUGAAAACAUGUCCAUUAUCUUUUAGAAGACUGAUUUACUCCAUGGCUUUAAUACUCUGUGGGACUCACGGCUCUUAAGUCCAAGUCAGCCAGCCAAGACCCACACACCUCAUGUAUGUGGGAACGUCCGCAGCAAUCAAAUUGUGUUUUAACUAAAAAACAUGGAAGCAGCUUUGAAAGAGAAGACUCUAUAAAAAAAAAA